AUGGACCCCGUCAUCAUUACGCCGGAUGACGUAGCUGAGGCGGUCCGUAGGGCCCCGAACUGGAAAAGUCCGGGACUCGACGGACUGCAUCACUACUGGCUGAAGGGGUUCGUGGUGUGUCACGCUGUUCUCGCCCGACAGUUUCAAGAGGCUCUCGACCAAAAGUCGCUCCCGAGCCUCUUCACUACUGGGAUCACUCAUUUGGUUCCUAAAGACCGAGAUUCCACAGACCCGAGCAAAUACCGCCCCAUAACGUGUCUACCUACCAUAUACAAGACACUGACAUCCAUUUUGAGCGCGAGAAUCACUCGUCACCUGAACUCAAAUCAGGUGAUGUCGCGCGCUCAAAAUGGAUGUCGGGGCGGCGGUCGUGGAACCAAGGAACCACUCCUCAUUGACGCGGUCAUUGGCAAGGUGGUUAAACGCAACCGUCGGAACCUCUCCGCCGCCUGGAUAGACUACAAAAAGGCAUUCGACUCAGUGCCUCAUACAUGGCUGAAGAGGGUCCUCGAGCUGUACAAGGUUGACUGUACAUUUCGAGACUUCCUCGGGCAGUGUAUGGGGCAGUGGAGUACGAUCCUUUGUCAUCUAGGCGAGCGGAUGACGGCUGCGGAGAACCACAUAAGGAUAAGAAGGGGUAUCUUCCAGGGCGAUUGUCUGAGUCCAAUCUGGUUCUGCCUCUCUCUGAACCCUCUUAGUACCUUACUGGAGGUUUCCGGGAGGGGAUUUCAGCUUCGGAGAGGAGGUACAAAAGUGACCCACCUUUUCUAUAUGGAUGAUCUCAAGUUAUUCGCAUCCAGUCGCGCUCAUCUUAUGGAAUUGCUAAACAUCACUUGUGAUUUUAGCAAUUCUAUUAGAAUGGAGCUGGAGACGGAUAAGUGUGCGGUCCUCCAUGUCGAAAGGGGUAGGGUUGCUAACUCUGAGGGCAUAGACUUAUCUAUGCCCAUCAACAUAAAGACCCUAUCCGAGGUUGAAACAUACCGAUACCUGGGUAUGUCACAGAACAUAGGUAUCGAUAAGGCGGACAUGAAACGGUCAGUUUGCGGUGUGUUUUAUGCACGCUUGACAAAAGUGCUUAACAGUCUUUUGUCAUUGUUCUCAUGUAUACCUUUGGCAUGCUCAGGUGGACUCAGACCGAACUGA